GAUGGCAUUAGCAGCAUCAGUGAUAUAGCUGUGUCAGCCUCCUUGACUACUGGAUGUCUGUAAUCGCACGGAGGAAACUAUAUUUAAGAUCUGAUGUCUUGAGGGUAAUGACUCCAGCACUUACUGAUGGACAGAAUGGCUGUUAAUGCUUUCUUCACUAGCCCAGAAGAUUUUGAAAGAUAGAUGGGUCUGUGAUGUACUUUUAUAAGACAGGAAAUGCAAUUUUUGGGGGUCUCUGGAAAUAGAAAGGUCAUGCAGCUUGGAACCGGUGAGACAUUACAGUCUCUAAGUCAUCAGAGAAAUGAUGAAGAGGCUGUUGUGGAUAGAGGUGGAACUCGCUCCAUUCUCAAAACACAUUUUGAAAAGGAAGAUCUAGAAGGCCAUCGAACAUUGUUCAUUGGAGUUCACGUGCCACUGGGUGGAAGAAAAAGUCACCGUCGCCAUAGGCACCGUGGACAUAAACACAGAAAGAGAGACAGAGAGCGAGAUUCAGGAUUAGAAGAUGGGAGAGAGUCUCCUCCUUUUGAUACCCCAUCACAAAGGGUGCAGUUUAUUCUUGGAACAGAAGAUGAUGACGAGGAACACAUUCCUCAUGAUCUCUUUACUGAGCUUGAUGAAAUUUGUUGGCGUGAAGGAGAGGACGCAGAAUGGAGGGAGACAGCAAGGUGGUUGAAGUUUGAAGAAGAUGUAGAGGAUGGUGGAGAGAGGUGGAGCAAACCAUAUGUUGCCACACUGUCACUUCAUAGCUUAUUUGAGCUGAGAAGCUGUAUCCUGAAUGGCACAGUUCUUUUGGACAUGAGAGCUAACUCCAUAGAAGAAAUUGCAGAUAUGAUUCUGGACCAGCAGGUGGGUUCUGGGCAGCUCAGUGAGGAUGUUCGUCACAGAGUGCAUGAGGCAUUACUGAAACAGCAUCACCAUCAGAACCAGAAGAAGCUGAGCAACAGGAUCCCAAUUGUGAGAUCCUUUGCUGAUAUUGGAAAGAAGCAGUCUGAGCCCCAUUCCAUGGAUAAAAAUGGUCAGAUUGUUUCCCCACAGUCUGCUCCAGCCUGUAUUGAAAACAAAAAUGAUGUGAGCAGAGAAAACAGCACUGUUGACUUUAGCAAGGUUGACCUACACUUCAUGAAAAAGAUACCACCUGGAGCUGAAGCAUCAAACAUCUUAGUUGGUGAACUAGAGUUCCUGGACCGCGCGGUUGUUGCUUUUGUUAGGUUAUCUCCUGCAGUGCUGCUUACGGGACUAGCUGAAGUUCCGAUUCCAACAAGAUUUUUGUUUAUUCUUCUUGGACCACUGGGUAAAGGGCAACAAUACCAUGAGAUUGGAAGAUCAAUUGGAACGCUAAUGACAGAUGAGGUGUUCCAUGAUGUUGCUUACAAAGCAAAAGACCGCAAUGACUUGGUGUCAGGAAUUGAUGAGUUUCUUGAUCAGGUUACUGUUCUCCCUCCUGGAGAGUGGGACCCAACAAUUCGAAUAGAACCACCUAAAAAUGUUCCCUCUCAGGAGAAGCGUAAGAUUCCAGGAGUGCCAAAUGGAACUGCAGCCCACGGGGAUGCAGAACAACCUGGAGGACACUCGGGACCAGAACUGCAACGGACUGGAAAAUUUUUUGGAGGAUUGAUUUUAGAUAUAAAAAGAAAAGCUCCCUUCUUCUGGAGUGACUUCAGGGAUGCUCUCAGUCUGCAGUGUCUGGCAUCAUUUUUGUUUCUCUACUGUGCUUGCAUGUCUCCUGUCAUCACAUUUGGUGGUCUGCUGGGAGAAGCAACUGAAGGUCGUAUAAGUGCAAUAGAAUCACUGUUUGGAGCAUCCAUGACUGGAAUUGCCUACUCUCUCUUUGGUGGACAGCCUCUCACUAUACUUGGCAGCACAGGACCGGUUUUAGUGUUUGAGAAGAUCUUAUUCAAAUUUUGCAAAGAGUAUGGGUUGUCGUACCUUUCUCUGAGAGCUAGCAUUGGACUGUGGACUGCAAUCCUGUGCAUCAUCCUUGUUGCAACUGAUGCAAGCUCCCUAGUCUGCUACAUUACCCGGUUUACUGAAGAAGCUUUUGCUUCUCUUAUAUGCAUCAUUUUCAUUUAUGAGGCCUUAGAGAAGCUGUUUCAUCUCAGUGAGACAUAUCCAAUCAACAUGCAUAAUGAUUUGGAUCUGCUGACAAAGUACUCUUGCAGUUGUGUGGAACCAGAACAUCCUAGCAAUAAAACCUUACGAUACUGGCAGGACUACAAUAUAUCUGCAUCUGAUGUGCCAUGGGGGAACCUGACUGUGUCAGAAUGUAAAAAGUUUCAUGGAGAGUUUGUUGGACGAGCCUGUGGUCAUCAUGGCCCUUAUGUUCCUGAUGUCCUCUUCUGGUCUGUCAUCUUAUUCUUUUCUACAGUAACGCUAUCAUCCACACUGAAGCAGUUCAAAACUAGCCGAUACUUCCCAACAAAGGUACGAUCUGUUGUCAGUGAUUUUGCUGUCUUUCUCACUAUUUUGUCCAUGGUUUUAAUUGACUAUGCCAUUGGGAUUCCAUCACCAAAACUUCAGGUUCCGAAUGCUUUUAAGCCCACCAGAGAUGAUCGUGGCUGGUUUAUUACUCCUUUGGGGCCUAAUCCUUGGUGGACAGUGAUAGCUGCUGUAAUUCCAGCCCUGCUUUGUACUAUCCUUAUCUUUAUGGACCAGCAGAUCACAGCUGUCAUUAUCAAUAGAAAAGAACACAAGCUAAAGAAAGGAUGUGGAUACCAUCUCGACCUACUCAUGGUGGCAGUCAUGCUUGGAGUGUGCUCUAUAAUGGGAUUGCCGUGGUUUGUUGCAGCCACUGUCCUCUCUAUUUCCCAUGUGAAUAGCUUAAAACUGGAAUCAGAGUGCUCCGCUCCAGGGGAGCAGCCAAAAUUUCUUGGAAUCCGGGAGCAAAGAGUCACAGGGCUCAUGAUUUUUAUCCUUAUGGGCUCAUCUGUCUUUUUGACAAGUAUCCUGAAGUUUAUUCCUAUGCCAGUACUUUAUGGAGUAUUUCUUUACAUGGGUGCUUCCUCUCUAAAGGGAAUUCAGCUUUUUGACAGGAUAAAGUUAUUCUGGAUGCCUGCAAAGCAUCAGCCAGACUUUAUUUAUCUGAGGCAUGUUCCUCUUAGAAAGGUCCAUCUCUUCACUGUAAUUCAGCUGAGUUGUCUUGUGCUUCUGUGGAUUAUAAAGGUUUCAAGAGCUGCCAUUGUCUUUCCCAUGAUGGUCCUAGCUUUGGUAUUUGUCCGAAAACUCAUGGAUUUCUUUUUUACUAAGCGGGAGCUCAGUUGGUUAGAUGAUUUGAUGCCCGAGAGCAAGAAAAAGAAACUGGAAGAUGCUGAGAAAGAGGAAGAGCAAAGUAUGUUAGCAAUGGAAGAGGAAGGGACUGUUCAGUUACCACUAGAAGGACAUUACAGAGAUGACCCAUCUGUGAUAAACAUUUCUGAUGAAAUGGCAAAAACUGCUGUGUGGAAGACAUUGUUGAUAUCCUCGGAGAAUGCAAAAGAUAAGGAGUCAAGCUUUCCUUCUAAAAGUGCUGAAAUCAGAAAAGAGAAGAAAGCUGACUCAGGGAAAGGUGUUGACCGGGAGACUUGUCUAUGA